AUGACAGAGCACCGGAUAAGAAGAAUAGUGUGGAAAAUUACUUUCGCAAGAAAAAUACACCCCCAGGAGGCUGCCAUACUCACUGAGAGCGUCGUAUCGAUGAUUGUUAAAGACAUGAGGCUGAUUGCUGUGGUUGAGGGCGAGGGAUUCAAAGAAAUGCUGACCAUCUUUGAAUCAGGAAACUUCAGUGGAGAAACUUGA